AUGGAAAUAGUAAAUGAGGGAUGGGUAUUUAAGCAGUCCAAAUAUUUGAAGAGGUUGCGAAAGAGAUAUAUGAUAUUAACAAAAAAUUUCAUCUGUUCCUUUAAGUCACAGUACUAUCAGGCAGAGAAACCGACCGAGAUAUUGUAUCUUAACAAGUUCACAGAGUUGACCUCCUUGGAGGACCUUCGAAAAAUAAAGCUCGUGGAAAAUGAGCUGGGGCUAAGCAACGUGCAUUUAUUUAAUAUAAGUUACAAUAACAGGAAAAUUAUGUUUGCAACUAUGGACAGAGAUGAGAAAAACAAGUGGAUAAAACAUAUCAGCAGACAAAUGGUCAAAUCUACAGUUUUGAUGAGCGAAUGA